GCCCGACCCUGCUCAGCCCCUGCAGUCCCUGCAGCCCCUGCAGCCCGUUACUAACCCUGCAUCCCUGGAGCAGGGAGCGACCGUUAAUGGGGCACUGGGAAGGGUUUUGUCUGACAGGUUAAUUCCCACCCGGCUCCUGCUCCAUCUGCAAUGGGGCAUUAAUGCUGGACUCCAGCUGGAGGGGCAGGUCCUGCCUGCCCCACACACAUCCAAGCAGAUCCAGAGCCAAGCUCCUUCUGGCCGCGUGGCUGUGCCCUGGAGAGAGACCAGCUGGAUCUGAGAGCAGUCGGACCCUGUCUGCCAUUAGCCGGACAGACACCUGCCGGAGCAGUAACAGGAAAAGCCUGGUGGUGGGAACGCCGUCUCCAACCCUCUCACGGCCUCUCUCCCCGCUCUCUGUGCCGACAGCUGGGAGCAGCCCCUUGGAUAGCCCACGAAACUUCUCCACUGGCACGUCUGUCAACUUUCCCUUUGCUCGCAGUCAUGCUCCUCGGACUGACAGGGCUGAUGGCAGAAGGUGGUCACUGGCUUCGCUACCCUCGUCUGGCUAUGGGACUAACACCCCCAGUUCCACUGUCUCGUCGUCUUCAUCCUCUCAGGAGCGUCUGCACCAGUUACCAUACCAGCCCACCCUUGAUGAGCUGCAUUUCCUCUCUAAACAUUUCCGCAGCACAGAGAGUGUCACGGACGAGGAGGGGCGCCGUUCACCCUGCCUGCGGCCACGAUCCAGGAGCCUAAGCCCUGGACGAACAAGUGGAGCUUUUGAUAAUGAGAUUGUUAUGAUGAAUCACGUCUACAAGGAACGAUUCCCGAAGGCCACAGCGCAGAUGGAGGAGCGCCUGCAGGGGACCAUCACCAGCUGCUCGUCGAGCAGUAUGCUGCCCCUUGCUGAUGGCGUGCUGGGGUUCAUCCACCAUCAGAUCAUUGAGCUGGCCCGAGACUGUCUGGCCAAGUCCCAACAAGCUCUCAUCACUUCACGCUACUUCAUGGAGCUGCAGGAGAAACUGGAGAAAAUGCUCCACGAUGCCCAGGAGCGUUCAGAGAGUGAGGAAGUGAGGUUCAUUGACCAGCUGGUCAGGAAGUUGCUGCUAAUAAUAUCCCGCCCUGCCCGCCUUCUGGAGUGCUUGGAGUUUGAUCCUGAGGAAUUCUAUCAUCUUCUGGAAGCCGUGGAAGGACAUGCUAAAGUAGGCCAAGGAAUAAAAACUGAUAUUCCGCGGUACAUCAUCAGCCAGCUGGGGCUUGCCAAGGACCCUCUGGAGGAAAUGGUUCAGCUGGAUCAUUUUGAUAGUGGGAACACCAUGACCCCAGAGAAUGACGUCUCCCAUGAGACCCGGGCCUCAGCUGCCACUUCUCGGAGGAAACCCUGUGAGAGUGACUUUGAGACCAUCAAGCUGAUCAGCAAUGGGGCCUAUGGGGCCGUGUAUCUGGUGAGGCACAGGGAGACCAGGCAGCGUUUUGCUAUAAAAAAAAUUAACAAGCAAAACCUCAUUCUGCGGAACCAGAUCCAGCAGGUGUUUGUGGAGAGGGACAUCCUCACCUUUGCCGAGAACCCCUUUGUGGUCAGCAUGUUUUGCUCCUUUGAAACUAAAAGGCACCUGUGCAUGGUGAUGGAAUACGUGGAAGGUGGGGACUGUGCCACGCUACUGAAGAACAUGGGUCCUCUGCCAGUCGACAUGGCCCGGAUGUACUUUGCAGAGACUGUUCUAGCUCUGGAAUAUCUUCACAACUACGGGAUUGUGCACAGGGACCUGAAGCCUGACAAUUUGUUAAUCACUUCGAUGGGCCACAUCAAGCUAACAGACUUCGGCCUGUCAAAGAUUGGGCUGAUGAACAUGACCACAAACUUGUAUGAAGGGCACAUUGAGAAGGACACUCGGGAGUUCAUGGACAAGCAGGUGUGUGGCACUCCCGAAUACAUUGCGCCAGAAGUGAUCCUAAUACAAGGCUAUGGGAAGCCUGUCGACUGGUGGGCCAUGGGCAUCAUCCUAUAUGAGUUCCUCGUGGGCUGCGUCCCCUUCUUCGGAGACACCCCAGAAGAGCUCUUUGGGCAGGUGAUCAGCGAUGCCGUUAUGUGGCCUGAAGGCGAUGAAGCUCUUCCUGCUGAUGCUCAGGAUUUGAUCACGAGGUUGCUAAGGCACUGCCCACUGGAACGCUUAGGCACUGGUGGCGCCCAUGAGGUGAAGCAUCAUUCCUUCUUCCACAACCUGGACUGGAAUGGGCUGCUGCGGCAGAAGGCUGAAUUCAUUCCCCAGCUGGAGGCUGAGGAUGAUACCAGUUACUUUGACACUCGCUCUGAAAGGUACCGUCAUUUGGGCUCCGAGGAUGAGGAAACUAAUGAUGAGGAAUCAUCUGUGGAAAUCGGCCAGUUCUCAUCAUGCUCUCACCGCUUCAGCAAGGUUUAUAGCAGCUCUGAGUACCUGGCAGCUCACUCCAACUUGAGCUUCUCAUCCUCUGAGCACAGUCAGAGUGAGGACAAAGAGGACAAAACAGAGCGGUGGGACAGGAGCUCAGGAGACGAAGAGAAGAGCCGGCUGUCGGGCACAGAGACCAGGCUCCGAUCGUGGACGUCCUGCGGCUCAACGGCCUACUCCUCCCGGCAUGAGCGAAGCUGCAGCCCUGCCACCCUCACUAGCACCUUCAGCCUAGAGACCAUGCCAAAGUUUGCUUUCUCCUCCGAAGAGGAGAGCCCCUGCCCAGGCUCUGUAAAGGCUGAGAGACCGAUGUUUGUGCUGGGGGACCUUGAAGCAGGGGCAGGAGGAGCGGCAAAGUCCUCAGCAUUAUCAGCUGAUAUUGUCAGUCUGAACCGCGUCCGCCUGCGGAGCAACAGCACUGGCACCAAGAACUCCGCCCCAAGAGCCCUGGAGCCUGGGGUGGGCCGCAGGCUGGGGAGUCCGAAGAACGCUCCGGAGAAGCAGAGAGUGUCUUCAGGAAGCAGAGUGCCUAAAUCUGCUUCUGUCUCAGCCCUGUCCCUAAUCAUCACCUCAGAUGAUUCUGGCAGCGGAGCCCUCAUGAGCCCCAUCUCCCCACGCUCUCUCUCUUCCAACCCAUCCUCUCGGGACUCGUCCCCAAGCCGGGAUUCCUCCCUCAGCAUCACCAGCCUGCGUCCGCCCAUCAUCAUCCACAGCUCUGGAAAGAAAUAUGGCUUCACCCUGCGCGCCAUUCGUGUGUAUAUGGGGGACAGCGAUGUGUACACAGUGCAUCACAUGGUGUGGAGCGUGGAAGAUGGGAGCCCUGCCCAGGAAGCUGGGCUGAGAGCUGGGGAUCUCAUCACACAUGUGAAUGGAGAGUCUGUGCUAGGGUUAGUUCACAUGGAUGUUGUGGAGCUGCUGCUGAAGAGUGGCAACAAAGUAGCGCUGCGAACCACCGCCCUGGAGAACACAUCCAUCAAAAUUGGUCCUGCUCGGAAAAACAGUUCCAAGACCAGGAUGGCCAGAAGGAGUAAGAAAAGCAGGAAAAGGGACAGUCAGGACCGGAGAAAGUGCCUUUUCAAAAAGAUCUCCAAGCAAACGACUGUACUGCACACCAGCCGGAGCUUCUCAUCUGGCCUCCAUCACUCCCUGUCAUCAAGCGAGAGCCUUCCAGGAUCUCCCACACACAGUCUGUCACCUGGACCUACAACUCCCUGCCGCAGCCCUGCUCCAGAUCUCCCACUAGAUUCUGUCUCCCCACAGAGCACCUCCCCAUCCUCUAGCACCCCCACCUCUCCUGCAGGGCACAUCAGACCAAGCUCUCUUCAUGGGCUAGUGCCGAAGCUCAGUGGUCAGCGUUACAAGGUGGGGCGCCGCAAGUCCACCAGCAGCAUCCCCCCAUCUCCCCUUGCAUGUACUCCUUCUUCAGUCCCACAGCCACCUUCUCCUCAGAGGUCCCCAUCGCCACUACCAAGUUACACCAAAAACGUUCAUUCCUUCCAGGGCAAGACCCUGUCUCCCCCCACCAUUGUCAGGCAAGUGUCUCGGCCCAGGAGUGCCGAAGGCCCCAGGUCCCCUCUGCUAAAACGAGUCCAGUCUGCUGAGAAAAUAGCUACCUACCUAGCAGAAAAGAAAACCAUCAGCAGUCGGAAGCUCACACUGGAAAUGCCUCCAGGAGACGGGAUGGGGGAGUCUCUCAGGGAGCGGGAGACACCUAUCCAGGCGGGAGAGCUCUGUGCUAUGGCUUACCCAGGGACCCCCCGAAUGAGAGACUGGACAGGGGAAAGGCACGACCGCGACCAGGAGGUUGUUGUCAUGAGGAGGCUGAACCUGUCAGAGCGCAGGGACUCCUUUAAAAAGCAAGAAGCUGUCCAAGAAGUGAGUUUCGAUGAGCCAGAGCUGGUGCCUGUGAGUGAGGAUGGCACGAAAGCAGAGGCCAAGCUGGACAAGGAGCAUGCGCCAUGGAGACUUUCCCCUCAUGCAGCUUCCUGGGUGGAGACCAGACCAAGUUCAGCAUUUGGUAGCUCUUCAGAGCCCCCAAACCCAGAGCAGAUGCCUACUGUGGUGCCCCAGAUAGCAGUUCAAGGGUCAGAGAGCGAUGAACAGGAGACUAACACAGCUGAGUGGGAAUGCCAAGGGUCCUACCCUAUCCAGUUGAUGGCCAGGGUUUAUACUGAACAAAUGGAUGGAACUACAGCAGUGGAAUACAAGAGUGUCUCCUCCCAGUGUAGAGAGAACCAGGGGCAGAGAGAGCUCUGUGCGGGGCAAGAGCCCUCACCAGCUUCUGGGUCCCCGCAUAGGACAUGUUGUGGUAAGGGCAUGGUGGGCUCACCCCAGCUGAGCAAAGCGCCUCCAAGGCUGAAGUUGUGGGGGAGCUCAGGAAUGCAGGAGCAUGAGUGCACAGAAGCUGAGACGCCCAGCGCAAAUCAACAAAAGAUGCAUGAUCAAGCUCGUAAAAAAGUCAAGGAUGAGUAAUAGCCACACGUUUAGCAAAAGGAACUGCUAAAGGUGAACAGUCAACACAGUGACAGGGCAUCUUCAACUCUGCAUGAACUCCACAAGGGAUCAGCUUCCAGAAAAAGCAUAUCUGCGCUGGAGACUGGCACACCAUCCAGCUGCUGAGAUGUGCUCUUCAAAUUACAUACCUGCGUUUUGUGAGAGUAAAUGCACCUGAAAUAUUUUUAACAUCAGACCUGGCAGGGGUGGGGAAUAAUUUGACGAAUUUACUUACAAAAGGUUUUUGUACUAACUGGAAAGAUGUUAAUAUUUUUGUAGAGCUAAGGAAGCUGCUCUGUUGUGAUGGCGUUUCCUCAGCAGGACCUAAACCGUUGUAAAUAGAAAGGACUAGACGUGAAUCCUUAUAACUAAUUUAUUACCUUUAUAAGCUAAGAAGAGGCAUCUGAGGGCAUCUCAACUGACUUUUGUGCUAGGGGAAGCAUUACCGCUAUUUUGUAAAUGUUUAUAAUCCCACCUCUGAAAUGCACUAUAUGUUCUAUCAUUUCUAAGAACCAUUAGUUUUGCCCCUUUUGUUAUUGUCAGUUUCAAGAGGCAAGGCACAAAGAAAACAGUUAAGAGCCAAGCUUUAAAAUACCAUUUUUGGUAGGGAUAUGCACAGCAGGGUAUGUCUUGGUGCCUUAUCUUCAUACAGGUGUCUUAUUCUUCCCAGAAGAGCUGGUCUUCAUUGAAGGUAAAAGCAGUAACUUUAUGAUGAUGGGAUUCGUGUUCUGGAACAGACCAAUGGUCCAUCUAGUCCAGUACCCUACUCUUGCCAAUGCCAGAUAUCUCAGAAUUAGGCAUAAAUUUCCCUCUCCCCAAUAUGUUUAUUUGGGAAGAAUUUUUGCUUUGGUGUUUUAUGAUGCUCCUGGGCAGGGGACACGCGUGUGAUUGAUGCCCACCAGGAAUGUAUAAAUCAAGUAUUACAAAUCCCAGAAAAACCUUGUUGAACAGUUUCCAUAUCCUGGCCUUGUGCUGUCACUGGCAUUGAACAUUUCUCCCCCAGAAUGUUGUGUAUACAUUUCAAACACCAGCUCCUCUUUAGUGUGUGCGCUGAAUCAUUACUCUUCCACUACUUCUUCUUUGACAUGUUGACUUGGCCAAUUCUAGGACACAGUGGUACUGAUAAAGGGCAGCAAGGCCUCUGUGCACAUUUGCCAAGAUGGGAUUGAUUUUGAGAGUGAGAACUCCCUUGCUGUGUGUGGCCAGUUCCCAUUUAUGUUAAUUGAUGCUGCAUAUAAGCCAUGGUGUUUGGAGUAGAAAAUGAAUGUUUUAGUAACCUACAGAAGUUCCCUCCAGUUCUUUCCACAUUGUGGUUAUCUUUCUUGGGUGAUAAGAGAUUCAGAGCCUUCCAGUGUCGCUGCUAGCUCAGCCAGAGGGGUUUCUGCAGAGUGAGGUGAGCUGCUCCCUCCUAGGUGCUAAUUGUGUUUCCUCCCUACAGAGCAAGAGACUCUGCUGAGAAUCUUACCAUGUCUGCCUCAUGGUAAUGAGAAAAGGAGGACUUGUGGCACCUUAGAGACUAACAAAUUUAUUUGAGCAUGAGCUUUCAUGAGCUACAGCUCUCUUCAUCGGAUGCAUUCAGUGGAUCCGAUGAAGUGAGCUGUAGCUCACGAAAGCUUAUGCUCAAAUAAAUUUGUUAGUCUCUAAGGUGCCACAAGUCCUCCUUUUCUUUUUGCAGAUACAGACUAACAUGGCUGCUACUCUGAAACCUGUCAUGGUAAUGAGGAUCACCAGGCUGGCUCAUCAGGAGUGAUUUAAUCAUGUUAAUCUUAGUUGCAAGAGAUGGCGCUUGGGGAUCUCCUGGCAUUUGGUGAUUGAUCAAAAUUGCUAUUUAGCAGCUGAGGAAAUGGAGGGAUUUUUCACUUGAGGUGCUGCUGGCAAGGGGGGAUGCACCAAGGGAUUAGACUCCUUUAAAUCAUGUGACAGAGAUAUGUGAUGUGAUAUGUGGGCUAGAAUAUGUCUUAGUGUGUCAGUUUAUAAGACACUCCAGGAUUCCAUCUGUUGGAAUCAGAAGAUGACACCUAAGAAGCAGUUUGACAACAGCUAAAGAACCACAAAGCUGGGAUUAGCCUAUGAGCAAUAUCUAUCCUUCUCUUGUCGCAUUGUUAGGUCCUGUGUUCCCUGUCUUCAUGCACCUUCUAGUUCAAAUCAGAGGACUAGAUGUGAUGGGCAAGGAAAGUCUGGAUUGGCUGAUGUCGCUCGGUGCUUUCUACCUUUCCUUGAAUCUGCAGCAUGUGAGGACUGUCAUUGUUCAGCUCAAGGCCCUGUUGUAAAGUGUGAGCCUACAAACCCUGCCCACUGGCUUUACAUGCUGAAUAAGCGGCCAAGUGCAGGUUACCUCUUGGCACCAGAUAUCUAACCUUGUUUAACUGUUCCUGUUUUCCAGCUGCUCUUGGCUAGCCUGGUCCCAUUCAUAUUGUGCUCCCAUGUUAAAGGGAGACAAGAAAGACUAUAAAUUUGACUUGACAAGAAGCACCUUCUUAAGAUCUUUACUAUGAAUAGAACCAGGAAUGGAGGGAACAUUAAGAGAUUUCUUUAGAGGAACUUGCCGAUUUUUUCCACUUAAAAAAAAGACUUGAACAUCUCUCCUCCCAAUCCCUCAUUCAAACCUCGUCACCAACAAAGAUGAUGUAAUUAUUUAAUGUGUUCUCUACCCCAGGUAUGUCCUUUUCCUCUCUCCCAUAUAACCGUGCUCUCAAUGGCAACUCCUAGGAGUAGGGUAGGGCAGUACCACCUGCCAGCCUAGCUUUUCCAAACUGAAGCUCUCCUAACUCAUUUGGAAAGUGUAUAUUCUUUAAUAAAACACAAAUAGAAUGUAUCACUGGCUGUUUCUAUUGUGUCAGCCUUGUUCAGGGGCUAGAACAGGAACUCAGCCCUCAAACAGAAAAUACUAGUUGGGGUUUUGCAUGUUAUGCUGGGUUUCUAGUGUGGGGUUCUUUUUAUGACAUCUGGGCAGAUUAUGUGAGCUUUCAAGGACUCAGUGAUGCUCUGCUGGCACUUGUGCAUUCCUGCCACAUUAACAGCAUCUCAACAUUUGAAUAUUUAUAACUUCCAAUAUUAAACUUUUUAAAGGAAAAGAAAAAGUAGAAUUCUCGUGGUCUGACUUCCAAAGACUGUUUGAGCUUGGGCACACUCUUAAAUGUCCAUGCGAUGGUCAAUUUGUACUUUUAGACAUAUAGGCAAAACCUAGAUAGUUGUAGAGGUUUGUAAGAGUUUGUGUGAUCACCCCAUCUUGUAUCUCAUGCAUGAGAACUACAGCACUGUACUGCCUAUUCCUAUCCUCUGAAAGUAUUUGUUUUUUCAGGCUUUGUGUGAGCAAUAGGAUUGCCAAUGAAGAUGUAAUAAGUAGGCAAGCUAGGGGUUUGAUAGAUCUGUUAGACCUCAAAGCUCAUUCAGGGACCUGUGUGUCUGAACCAAAUGAAAAUUAGCUGAAGGGUUACUAAUUACUUAUGACUAUUUAGAAUGGGGGGAGAGAGAGGAACUUGUUUUCAGACUGCUUGUUUUAGACAAGAUUGAUUUUUAUAAUUGUAUAGAGGGUUUUUGUUUCUGUUUAAUGCUUUUUUUUCCUUGUAGAGAGAGAUUUAAAUAGUUCUGAGCCAAAAUAGAUUAAUCAGUUUGAUCAUCUUUUCUGAGAUGUUCCACAUGAGACAGAGUUGGUUAGGAAAAGCACAACUGGAAUUUAUCCAUCUGUUUCCCUCCUUCCCUGGGCCAGGUUUCAGAAUAUUCAUGCAAAUAUUAAGAGUUUUUGUUUAUUUUCAGUGAUUUGUGGUUUCUCUGCUGUAUUCUGCAUAAAGCUAAUUUCUAAAACCUUCCCCAGGAUGUGCUUUCAGAACAUACAGACAUUCCACAGAGGCUUCUGAGUGAACGGAGCAUUUAAUUAGAGCUCUACCUUUUUAUUAAAAAUGUAAUAAACUACACUGUGUUGUCUCAGUUGUCUUUAGUUGUAAUUUCUGAACUCCCUUUCCCUCUCGUGCUGGUGGAUUUUGUAUGAAGAGUCCCUCUGGCAUUUUCCAGCAUUUCUAAGGUUUUAUAUGAUGUAAAUGUUUACAUUUGAUAAUGCAUGUGUGUUUUUUCUAACUGCAGUGUUUGCAGAAACUGACACAGUGCAAGUAUUGGGCUUUUAUGUCAAAACACUUAUUUAUAUCCUUCCCUGUACAGUUUGUAUGGCGAUGAUAUCUAACCAUGUGUGCAAAGCUGUCAGAAUGGUAUUUUUUUAUUAUUAUUUGUAUAAUGCUAAUGUCUAUGCCAUUUUGUAGCACCAAUCCCACCGUAAAGUGAUUCCUUUUCCCACCCCAGACUUGAGAGUAACUGGUGAUGCUAGCUUUCUAUUUUGAUUGCUUAUUUAAGCAGAAUUUUUUUUUUUACGUUUGUGUGGCUGUUUUAAAUUGACUGCUUCUCCUGUGUUAAUCCUUGUAGUAGUUUACCCAGAAAACAAGCAAACAAUCAUGUUGGUGGCCAAGAGCAUGUAUUAAUUCCACAUCAUCAGCCUGUGGAGGCACAGAAGCACAUUCUGGUCUUGGGGUUUAGUGAACAAAAUGGUUCUUUGCUAGAAGACGAUGCAGAAUGAAGUGUUUUUGCUUCUGAAAUGAUGUUGCCAACAAUUACUCUCUGUUGUAAUCCUGUUUCUGCGGAAUCACUUGUUGUUUCCUUUUUAUUUUAUUUUUUUUAUUUUUUUUGCAUCUCUCUUAUUUAGGAUAGGCUUUCUGCUUGCUUCCUCUGCCUUCUCUAUUAACCACUCAGGAAGUUAGCAUUGUUGUUUUGAAAAAACCUAAAAAUGGACACCUCCUUUACACUGACCAGCUGUAAAAGGGGAUCAACAGGACAGUGGCUGAACUAGUAUUUAAGAAUAAAACUCUUGUUUCAGAAGUUGUAUUAAAAGGAUUUUUAUGGAAAAUGUCUUAAAAGUAAACAGGACUCUGUCUUCCUGUAUUGUACUGAACACUGGUCUUGGUAUGAAUCUAUUCAGAAAAAGUUUCAUGUUGUAAUAAAAUUGUUCCUUGAGAUGGAA